AUGGACCAGCAACGGAAAACACCAACUAGACCGGGUGGGAUCCCUCGGCUGGCUGCCUCCAGACUGCCUUUGCCAACGUCCAGCGCUUCCAGAUCCAUCAAACCUUCCCCUUCCCGUGAAAAGUUGCGCGCAGAUUCCGGUCUUGAUGCCACAAGGCUCCGAAGACCUUCUGAGCAACCCGUUCUCAAGAAGCCUCCUCCAAAGUACCCGUUGUCGUACAGGACCCCCGAGAAACCUCGACAGAAAAGAGACAUUUCCAACAGUGGACUCAGCGAUGGUGGACGGUCGGAAGACGCGGGAGACUCCUUGGAAGAAGCCCCCAUGCUGGGAACAGAUGCCGCUGUGGGAGAUGCAGAGCGCCGAGGUCGCCCUCGACCUUCAUUAUCGGAACGGACUAUCGAGACAUUAUCCCGGAUCCCUCCAUCACCUGGCCCCUCGGGCAGGCAAUCUAGUUUCUUCAAUGGCAACAGCCCGGUACGAUCCCCGUCUCGGGCACCAUCUGUGAUGACCUCAAGAUCACCUUCGAGGGCAUCAACUACGCGGCGACCUAGCGAUAAUGAUUUUCUUUCACAACAAGCUUCUGCAAUACAACUUCCCUCAAGAUCUAGGAUAUCACCCGCUCCAAGCUUGUCUUCAAACGACGCUUCUACCGGCCAGAGAACAUCGUUGGCUGGUACCGACAUCCCCUCGAACUUGAAGAAGCCAUCUAUAAGAGCAAGUUUAUAUAACAGGGUUAUGGAUACGACAAGCAAAUCGCCAAAUCCUCGCCCAGCUCUGGGCAAGACGUCCGCAAACGCUACGUUUUCAGACAUGGGACCUCCGCCUCCUCCACUCCAUGUGAAAAAGACAAGGAAAUCUGUGGCGAACAAUUCCAGCCCUAUAAAUAAUUCGAGAAAGCCAUCAGCCCAGCUGAAUGCGCCGGACCUCUCAAUACAGCAACAGUCAGAAAUGGAAAUGAGAAAGGCUUCCAAGUCAUCCAGCGCAUUAAGGGAGAGCAUUGCUAAGGCGAAAGCCGCGCGCAAAGCAUCGGCAAGGGAGAACAACCCCCAAAACGGCUCCGUUGAUGUCUUUGAUAACCUAAAUGUUGAAGAUCCAUUCAAUCAAAAGCCCAAAGGCUCAAACAAUGGGUUGCUCCUUAAGCGUGUGGAAGCAGGGCGGAUCUCGGGUCAUUUGAACAUUGCGGCCAUGGCAUUGACAGAGAUACCGAAAGAGGUCAUGACUAUGUAUGACUUCGAUCCUAACUCGACGACCGAUUGGUAUGAGAGCGUCGACCUUAUCAAGUUCAUCGCUGCAGACAAUGAAUUUGUUGAGCUGUCAGAGGCAGCCUUCCCCGACGUCGAUCCGUUCGAUAUCGAUUCAGAAAAAGACGAACGAGGCAAUCAGUUUGCUGGACUGGAAAUUAUGGAUCUUCAUGGCAACCAGCUGCGCACCCUUCCAAUGGGGUUCAGAAGAUUGCAAAGACUACACACUCUGAACCUAUCCAAUAACAAAUUGGACGCGAAAAGCAUUCAUAUCGUCAUGCAAAUGGAGGCUUUAAAAGAUUUGAAGCUAGCAAACAAUCUCUUGGAGGGUUCGUUCUCCUCAGACGUGAAGAACCUUACCAGAUUGGAGGUUCUGGACUUGCGCGGCAAUUCUCUAACUGAACUGCCCAAGAGCCUGGAACAUUUGGCUUGCCUUAGGAUUCUAGAUGUUGGUGAUAAUCAACUGACCUCUCUCCCUUUCGAGUCUCUUGGCAUGCUUCCUCUUAAAGAUCUCAGAGCCCCUAGGAACAAGUUAGCUGGGACGCUGAUCCCAGCUUCUCUAUCGAAGCUUGACUCGUUACAGAGCUUGGAUGUAGCCGGCAACGCGCUGACAGCGAUAUCAGAACGAGAAGACCUCGAGAUGCCUAGCCUUCAAACCUUGUCCAUCAGUAUGAAUCGCAUUAAGCAUUUGCCCAACAUUUGCACCUGGAGAGCACUUUUGACUCUCUCGGCUGAAGACAAUAGUCUUUCAGCAAUCCCGCAGGGGUUUGUCGAGCUGCAAAACCUUCGCAAUGUUGACUUCACGGGAAACAAUAUAUCCAAAUUGGAUGAAAGGAUCGGACUGUUGGAGAAUCUUUCCACCCUUCGCAUAGCCAACAACCCACUGCGAGAACGAAAGUUCUUGACUAUGAAUACAGAUGAUAUCAAGCGUGAUCUGCGAAACAGGUGUGAGCCAGAGCCUCAGGACACCGAUGAUGACGAAGGCUCGGUCGCCACGCAAUUCACCCUUGCACCAGAAACACCGGCUCAGAUGACGCAGUGGCAGGUCAAGCCGGGGGGAGUCCUUGAUAGAUCGUAUUCAGAAAUGUCAGAGGUGGACGUGAAGCAGUUGGAGCGAAUCAACUUCAAUGAUAUACGCUGCCUGUACCUGCAACAUAACUCAUUGACCUGCAUACCUGUGCCAGCUCUCAGCAUGCUAGCACACUGCCUGACAGAUCUUGACCUCUCGAAUAACGCCCUGGACAGUUCAUCCGUUCUCCCUACAUCUCUAACACUGCCGAAUCUCCAAAUCCUCAAUUUAGGCGCCGCUAGAUUGACAACCCUCGAGCCGAUAUUAGCCAAUCUUUCGGCUCCGUCUUUGACGACCUUGGAUGUUUCGUACAACCGCCUUUCGGGGCCUCUCCCUGCUGUGCGCCAGGUCUAUCCGAAGUUGAUGACUUUUCUCGCAGCGGACAAUGGGUUUCAAUCUUUGGAGUUCGAGGCUGUGCAGGGUCUCCAGGUGCUGGACGUUGGUAACAACGACAUUAGCUCUCUUCCGCCAAAACUUGGCUUGCUGAGGGCCGAGGGUUGCAGCAAGAAUUGGGGCUCCGGCUCGCCCCUGAGAAGGUUCGAAGUAGCAGGUAACAGCUUUCGGGUUCCCCGAUGGCAAGUCGUUGCGAAAGGGACUGAUGCAAUCCUUGACUGGCUGAAGGAUCGUAUUCGAAGCGAAGACCUUGCGGAAUGGGAGCCCGAUGAGGAGUCUAUUGUGCAGGAAUAA